AUGGGCUCCAUCGAUAUUAAAGAUGGUUAUGACACCCCGUCACUCAAAAUGGAACCUCUUGCAGUCGUUGGCAUGGCCUUUCGAGGGCCUCAAGAGGCGACAGACACCGAAAGACUAUGGGACUUUCUUCUCAGAGCCCGACAAGCAAUGGCGCCGUUUCCCUCUGAAAGGAUGAAUGCAGACGCUUUUUGGCAUCCUGACCCAGAGCACGGUGGAACCUUCCAUAACGUAGGAGGUAACUUCCUGGAGGAAGACCCAGCAUCCUUUGAUUACACCUUCUUCAAUAUCAUCAAGACAGAGCUCUUGACGCUGGACCCACAACAACGACUUGUCAUGGAAAAUGUUUACCAUGCUCUCGAAAACGCUGGUUUUCCGAUGGAGAAAAUAGUUGGGUCCAGGACCGGAGUCUAUGUGACUGGAUUUAAUCACGACCAUCUUGCAGUCUUGAAUGCAGACUUAGAGAGCGCUCUCAAAUAUAAGGUCACAGGAGUGUCGAACUCGAUUAUAUCCAACAGAUUGAGCUGGUUCUUCGACUUCAAAGGUCCUAGUUUGACUGUCGAUACUGCAUGCUCCAGUAGCAUGGUUGCAUUGCACCUGGCAGCACAAAGUCUGCGGAGCUCCGAGAGUGAUAUAGCAGUUGUCAGUGGUGUAAAUAUCAUGGAGUACCCUGCAGAUAUCAUCGCAGAGAGUCAUCAUGGCUUCCUCAGUGCUGACGCCAAGUGCUUCAGUUUUGACCAUAGAGCCAACGGAUACUCCCGUGGUGAAGGUGUUGCGAGUAUUGUCGUCAAACGACUCUCUUCUGCUCUGCGAGAUGGCGACACUGUCCGUGCUGUUAUCAGAAACACGGGCGUCAAUCAAGAUGGGCGCACACCAGGUAUUACCAACCCUAGCGCUGUGGCACAAGAAGCCUUGAUCCGUCAUGUCUACCGGGAGGCUGGCCUCAACCCGAAGGACACGGCCUUCGUCGAGGCACACGGCACUGGAACCGCGGCGGGUGAUCCUGUGGAGGCCAGUGCAAUCGCUAAAGUGUUUGGCGCGUCCCAGGAAGAGGCAGUCUACAUAGGAGCACUCAAAUCUAAUGUCGGGCAUUUGGAAGGUGGCUCCGGAGUUGCGGCGGUCAUCAAAUCGAUAUACAUAUUGGAGAAUGCUAUGAUCCCCCCGAACCAGAAUUUUGAGAAGAUCAACCCCCGCAUCCCAGUGGGAAAAUGGAACAUCAAAUUCCCACUGCAGACCAUUGGAUGGCCUCGAAAAUCAGGACUUCGUCGAAUUUCAGUCAACUCGUUUGGUGUCGGAGGAACAAACGCUCAUUGUGUUAUGGAUGAUGCCUACCACUUUCUUCAGGAUACCCGACUAACCGGCAACCAUAAGUCUACUUCCAUUAUCCCAUCGCAGCAAGAAAUUGAUCGACUCAUCAGUGCAGCUCACGCACGGUAUCAGGGUUUGGCAAGCGACCUAUCGUCCCACGAGAGCAGAACCUCCACCAGUGAUGGCCUCUCGGAGUAUGAAUUGAUUGGCCCGAAUGGAAAGGAAUCUGACAGCAAGGGCAACGCUCUCUUAUAUUCACUUUCUGCAUUUGAUGAAGAAGGAAUCAAUCGCAUUGCUGCAGAUAUACGCAGCUAUCUGAUUCAAAAACGACGGAGUGAGCCCGAUGGGAAGACAAUUGACAACCUCGGUAGCUUGGCAUACACGCUGUCCAAUAAGAGAUCGGUUUUACCAUGGAAGAGCUUCGUGGUCGCUGAUUCCUGGGGAGAGCUCGUGAAAAAACUCUCGGAAGGAGUAUCGAAGCCUCUUCGUUCACGCAAUACUCCUCUGGUCGCAUUCGCGUUUACUGGUCAAGGUGCACAGCACUUUGCCAUGGGACGAGAGCUGCUGAUUUAUCCCACCUUUCGGAAGUCAUUGGAAGAUGCGACGGAAUAUAUGAAGUCGUUGGGAAGUCCAUGGUCUCUUCUUGAUGAGCUUCUCAAAGAUAAGGAAGCCUCUCGAGUGCAUUCGCCGGAGAUCGCUCAUCCCUCGUGCGUUGCUGUACAGGUUGCCGUUGUUGAUCUCCUCGCCAGCUGGGCCAUUUUUCCAACACGAGUGAUAGGACACUCAUCGGGUGAGAUUCCAGCCGCCUACGCAGCCGGAAAAUUGUCUCGGGAGGCAGCUUGGAAAGUAGCAUAUUACCGUGGAGAAGUUUCUGCCAAGCAACUCUCUGCUAAAGGGGCAAUGCUGGCGGUCGGGUUGAAUGAAGAGAAGCUUGAGCCCUAUCUAACGAAAGUGCGCAAUGGACGCACAGGUGAGCUAGUCAUCGCAUGCUACAACAGCCCCAAUAGCCAAACAGUCUCCGGAGAUCAGGAGCUAGUGGAUAGCCUCAUGGCAGACCUUGUUGCAGAUGGCCACUUCGCCCGAAAACUUCGCGUGCAAAAUGCAUACCACUCUUCUCAUAUGAAAGAAGUGGCGGAAGACUACCUCAACUGUUUGGGUAGUUUGGCUGGUCCAUCCCAAAGUCUGCCGCAUGAAACCCACAUGUUCUCAUCACUAACCGGAAAGAGAGUAGAGGCCACUAGUUUGGACGCACAGUAUUGGGUAGACAACCUUGUGUCGCCUGUUCGAUUUACUGGCGGCCUUGCUGGUUUAUGCUUGGACCCUAUUUCACACGGCCAGGGAUCUCUCAAAGUGAACUCCAAAGUGGAUAAGGUCUUCGUCGAUCAGAUCGUCGAAAUUGGGCCUCACAGCGCCUUGCAAGGUCCAAUCAAGGAGAUCAUCACUGCCAAUAGCGUGAAAUCUCCCGUUGAAUAUUUGUCCAUUCUAAAUCGGAAUAACCCUAGUAUUGAGGUUCUUUUGAGGUCCAUCGGGAAGCUGUACACCCGGGGCUGUCAGAUUGAUAUUGAUACUGUCAACCGGGCAGCUCGACCGACGGAGAAGGCCCAUCCCAUGAUGCUAACGGACCUGCCACCCUAUCGGUUCAAUCAUUCCGAUAAAACAUUGUACAUAAGCCGAUUGGCCAAAAACAUCCGUUUCAGAACGGCUCCUCGUCAUGACCUUCUUGGCGCCCCGGUUCCUGAUUGGAACCCCCAGAAUCCUAAGUGGAGGCACAUUUUCAGGCUCGACGAGCUCCCUUGGCUGCGGGACCACGUGGUCACCGAUAAUUUUGUGUACCCUGGAGUGGGGUAUCUUAUCAUGGCCAUCGAAGCAGUGAAACAACUGGCCGAGCCAGGGUCACACAUCCUCCGCUUCAAGUUUAAGAACGUGGCCAUCAAGAAAGCUUUGAUUAUCCCAGAUAGUAAAGAUGGCAUCGAGACGUCCAUUUCCCUAACUCGGAUGGACGAGACGAGCCUGUGGGGGUCGUCUGUAUGGAGGCGGUUCGAAGUUAUGUCGUACAACCCCGGUGCUGACGACUGGAUAGAACACUGCACGGGGUAUAUCUCGGUAGAAUUGGAGAACAAAAAGGAACUACUGGGUGGUGAUCGAGAAGCCAAAGAAGAGGCAGCAGACUGGCAGGCUCUGUGGAAUCAAGCUUCACAGUCAUGCCAGGUCCCGAUGGAUUUCAAGAAGACCUACGACAAUCUACAAACAGCUGGUCUGGCCUUCGGGCCACUUUUCCGAAAUGCAUCGAAUGUCAAGACAGGGAAAUAUAACGAAGGAAUUGUUACAGGAACAGUAACUGUCCCCGAUAUCAGCCAGGUGAUGCCGAGGAACUAUUUCCACCCGCACCUCAUUCAUCCCGCCACUAUGGACAGCAUGAUUCAUCUCCUGAUCGGUGCCGUUGUAGAUGUGACCAACAACAAGGGCACUCUGGAGAAGCCGGCCGUGCCGACAUUUAUUCGGGAGGUCACAAUAUCUGCGGAUAUCGAUUCGACCCCAGGAACUACAUUCUAUGGCCGUGGCAAAGCGGGCUUGAUCGCAUACGAGAAGUUCGAGUGUGAUGUCAAAGUUUGGAACGGAAAGACCAACCGAGGGUGCAUCUCAAUCGAUGGUCUCCGUUUGACUCCACUAGACUCUGGCGAUAAUACGUCAAUGCAAGUUCGAAAAUUAUGUCACAGCUUGGUCUGGCAGCCCGAUGUCAACUUCUUGGACACUAAGUCAUUCUUGAACCUGGUUGAGGUUCCUAACUCGGAUGACGAGUUGGAUCGCUUUUGGAACAGUAGACAUCAAGCAGCAGUCUUGUUGAUGGUGACAGACGCACUCAAGGAGCUGAAGGACUUUCCCAAAGAUUCACUCGAGGGUCACUUCCGUCGCUACUAUGACUGGUUGGAAUACCAGGCGGAGGAACUGCAUGCUAAUCGGAUCAACGGCCUGCCUCAUACCUUGUGGGAACGAAUGGAUCGUAACCCACGGCUGAAGAGUGAGCUCUACCGGUCAGUGGAAGAGCACAAUGCCGAGGGCGCGCUAGCUGUCCGUAUGGGGACCAACAUCGUUCCCGUAUUGAAGAAAGAGGUCGACCCUCUGGAGCUCAUGUUCGGAGAUGAAGGGAAUAUCAUGGAUCAGGUCUACGACUAUCUGGCGACUCUCGGAGACCUUCCCUGCCAGCUAGAACAGUAUCUUAGAUUUCUGGGCCAUACUUCUCCCGAGCUUCGAAUCUUAGAAAUCGGCGCUGGCACCGGCAGUUCAACCGCUGUGCUAUUGGAGGCAUUGAGCCCUCGAUCAGAACGUAGCAGCAGUACUGAUUCUCGCAUUGCACAUUACUGCUACACUGACGUCUCUGCCAGUUUCUUCACCAAAGCAAAGGACCGGUUUAGUCUGUGGAAUGAUGUCCUAGACUUCCAAACGUUGAACAUCGAAUUAAACCCUUCUACACAAAACAUCGAAAUUGGCACGUACGACAUUGUGGUUGCUGGCAACGUACUUCACGCCACAUCAAAUCUCGAGGAGACGCUGAAAAAUGUCCGUGCCUUGCUGAGGCCUGGUGGCAGAUUGGUCUUGCAAGAAGGAACAAGACAAGAUAGGCUCGGACCAGCACUGUCUUUCGGGCAGAUUUCUGGAUGGUGGCUGGGCGUUGAAGAAAGCCGCAAGUGGUCUCCGUUCGUGCCGCCAUGCGAGUGGGAGAAACACCUGCGUAAUGCUGGAUUCUCCGGCAUUGGUAUAGACAUGCCCCAGUCCCGAAACCUUGAGUACUCAAAUCAAUCAGUCUUCAUAUGCUCUGCAGUGGCUGAGAAGAGUGACCAUGGUGAUAAGCACAAGCGAGUGAAAAUUAUCUCACUGUCUGCACCAUCCGAAAGUCCACUCGUGUCAGCUAUGAAGGCUCAGCUGCACAAGAAUUUAGGCCUGACAGAUAUCCAAGUGAUGCAUCCUCUCAACCUCAAAGAUGUGGACCUCACGGAUUGUAUUUGUAUUGCCGUUGUGGAGCUAGAACGCCCUGUUCUAUUUGAAGCUCUGGAAGAGGAGUAUUUGAAUAUCCGCCAUCUCGUCGCGACGUGUGGAGGUCUGCUCUGGGUGACUGGGGAUCCAGACAAGCAGCCAGAGGCUGGGCUUAUUACUGGUCUGUUGAGAACCGUGAGAUGGGAAAGAGAUAUUGAAGACGCAAACUUGAUUCCGUUUGCGAUUCUUGACAUGCUUGACCCCAACGAGCAAGCCCGUGUCAUCGGGAAACUUUUCGAGCAUCAAUUCUGGUUGACAUAUACAUCCGAACGAGACAGGAACUCCGAGUAUCAGUUCCGCCGUGGGAUAUUCUACACCAACAGACUUGUCGAUCAUGCCAAAGCCAAUGGGUUCUUAAGCGCUCAGUUCUCGAAGCCUGCACCUCAAAUGAAGCGCCUCGGUAAUGCUGUCCAUCCAAUCAAGCUCAGCAUAGCUACGCCCGGAUUUUUGAGCAAGUUGCAGUGGGUUACAGAUAAAGCCCAGAGCAUGCCUAUUGAGAAUACCCAGGUCGAGGUCAACAUCCGGGCUGUUGGGUUAAAUUUCCGUGAUGUGAUGAUUGCAAUGGGAGAGCACAUGGCUUAUAGUCUUGGUAGUGAAGGCUCUGGCAUUGUGACUCGUGUGGGCUCCGACGUGCGCGAAUUCCAGCCAGGAGACCGUGUUGUUUACAUGGGCGGUUUGGCUUCGACUGGAUGCUUGCAUACCUUCGGUCGUGUCGAUCAAAAUAUCCUGGUCAAAGUGCCCGAUGAAGUGCCGCUUGAAGAAGCUGCUGGUCUGCCUGUUGUUUUUGCAACAGCCAUUUAUGGUCUUGACGAUGUUGCUCGUCUGCAAAAGGGAGAGACCAUCCUUAUCCAUGCUGGUGCGGGAGGUGUGGGCCAAGCCGCCAUACAAUAUGCCCAGCUCGUUGGGGCUGAAAUCUUUGCGACAGUCUCAAGUUCACAGAAACGAGAAAUCCUGGUUGAGAAGUAUGGAAUUCCCGAAGAUCAUAUCUUUUCCAGCAGAGAUCUCAACUUUGCUCCCGGUGUCAUGCGGCAUACCAAGGACAGAGGCGUCGAUGUGAUUUUGAAUUCAUUGUCGGAUGAAGCUCUCCGUCGCUCGUGGGAUUGCAUUGCACCAUUUGGUCGUUUCAUCGAGAUUGGAAAGAAGGAUGCUCAAGCCUAUGGUAAGGUAGAAUUGACGCCGUUCCUUCGGAAUGUUACCAUGGCCAGUGUGGAAUUGCCCACUAUGAUCAAGUAUCGGCCGGACCUGGUGAAAAGACUCACCCAGGACAUUAUCCGUUUGUAUGCAGAAGGCAAGAUUCGCGAUGCAACGCCGACCACGUUCAUGAAUUACUCCCAAAUAGAAGAGGGUUUCCGAUUACUGCAGGCUGGUAAGAGUUUGGGCAAGAUUAUCUUUGUUCCCCAUGAAGACGACCUUGUGCCCUUAAUUCCUGAGCCGACACCGCCUCUGCAAUUCCCAUCCAACGCCUCCUACGUUCUAGCAGGUGGAUUGGGUGGUAUCGGGAGGAGUUUUGCCUUGUGGAUGGCCUCCCGCGGAGCCCGGAGUCUCAUAUUCCUUUCACGAUCUGGUAAAAUUAUGGAGCUAGUUCAGAAGACGCUCGACCAGUUGAAAUCCAACGGUUGUACAGUCAAAAUCUUCAAAUGCGAUGUUUCUGACAACGAACGGAUGAGAGCCGUGGUGAAGGAAUGCGAGACAUCGAUGCCACCCAUCAAGGGAUGCAUUCAAUGUUCGAUGGUUCUCAAGGACGGAAUGUUCGAAAACAUGUCGUACGGCGACUGGAAGGGGGCAGUCAAACCCAAGGCUCAAGGAUCGUGGAACCUUCACAAGCUGUUGCCUGAGGACAUGGACUUCUUUGUCCUCCUUUCUUCCGCCACUGGUAUUAUUGGAAAUCGUAGUCAGGCAAACUAUGCUGCUGGAAAUACUUUUGAAGAUGCUUUGGCAAGAUACCGUGUUUCCCAAGGCAAGCCUGCCGCCAGUAUCGAUCUUGGAAGUGUCUUGUCGGUCGGCUUUGUGGCGGAAAACGAACAAUACGCGCGCCACACCACAGCUAUCCUAGAGGUUCUCCGCGAAGACGAGAUCCACGGCAUGCUUGAAUUUGUGAUCUAUUCGCAAAUGGAUGCGAGUGUUACUCCGGAAGGGGCGCAGCUGGUGACUGGUUUGUCCACCGGGGCAGCUUAUCGUCAGCGCGGCAUUCCACCCCCAACAUACAUCAGCUACCCCAUGUUCCGUCACCUUCAGAGCAGCUCAGAUUCUCGCAGCGCACGCUCAGAUGAAGAUCCCACGCAGAUGGUUCAAGGGCUCCUCGCCGCUGCAGCUACGCUGGAGGAUGCUGCCGAAGUGGUUUCAGCUGGAAUCUGCAACAAAUUGUCUGCGUUGUUGUCUAUUCCCGCAGCCCACAUCGAUCCAACCAAGUCUAUCAGUUCAAACGGUGUCGAUUCGCUGGUGGCAAUGGAAUUCAGGACUUGGCUCUCCAAGAGCUUGGGGGCUGAUAUUCCUCUUCUGGAGAUAACCGGGUCGAAUAGCGUCAUCGUGCUUAGUACGAAGGUCGCCCGAGUCAGCCGGUAUGCGCGAUUCUCAACCGAAACAGCACCAGAGGACAGUCCGUAAAGCUCCGCUGGGGCAGAGGACGUUUUACAAAGGCCUUUCCGCGCAUAGAGGGGAUGUCUAGACCCUAGAGGGCUUAGUACGUCAUGUUGCAAUGGCAACAUUUUAUAUUAUUCAUGCUAUGGUCG